AUUCCCGGACCCCGACAUCGAUACCCGUUUAUCGGUAAUUUAGAUCUGUUUCGUAUACCUGGUGUUCCUACUAAUGAAAGUUUAUAUAAAAUAUUAGUAUCAUUAUGCAAACUAUACAACAAAUAUGGUAUUUAUAAAAUAUUUUUAGGACCCAAACCAGUGGUUGUUAUAUUCAAAUCAAACUUAAUUAGUACAAUAUUAUCAAGCAAUAUUAAUAUUGAAAAAUCUGACCAAUAUAAAUUUCUAAAUGAUUUUCUGGGCAAUGGCCUACCAUUGAGUACUGGUGCUAAAUGGAAAGGUAGACGCAAACUGUUGACCCGGGCGUUUCAUUUCAAAAUAAUCAACGAUUUUAUACCCAUAAUGAAUGAACAGACAAAUAUAUUUAUGGAUAAAAUACGUAAUCAAUUAGCAGUUGAUAGCAAAUCAUUGAUUGAUAUCCGGGAACCGAUAGCUAUGCUAACACUGGAUAUUAUUUGUGAGACUGCAAUGGGCGUACAGGUUGGCGCACAGGUAGGCAAUAAUAGGGCAUACAUUCAGGCCGUCCAUGAUUUCGGUGAACUAUUGAUGAAACGUAUAAUAUCGCCGCUGUAUUGGUCGGAUCGAGUAUUUUCAUGGACACCGAUUGGCCGUAAAUAUCGGCAAACUGUCGAUACUUUGCACACAUUUACCCGCAAUGUUAUCAAUAGAAAGAAAAAGUUGUUUAUCGGUAAUAAUAAUAAUAAUAACGACAAUAAAAGUAAGGAAAACAACGAUAGUUUAUACAAUAAUAAGCAAAAAAAUCAGGCAUUUCUCGACCUGUUUCUCGAUUAUCACAUCAACGCCGACAACAAUAAGUUGUCUGCGGAUGACCUUCGGGAAGAAGUGGACACAUUUAUGUUUGCCGGUCACGACACUACAUCAGUUAGUAUCGGUUGGACUCUCUAUCUGAUUGGUUUGCAUACUAGAGUACAGGACAAGAUCCGGGACGAGUUGACCACAAUUUUCGGAUCAGCCGACGACCACAACAACCAAAACAACAUCAAUAGAGACAUUACAUCCGAUGAUAUUAAACGUAUGUCAUAUUUGGAUUGUGUACUAAAAGAGUCGUUACGUAUGUAUCCGUCGGCACCGUUUGUUGCCCGCCGACUGGUCGCUGAUGAGUGUCUGGUCAGCGGUGAUGGCGAUAAUUAUGUCAUACCUGCCGGUGUCGAUGUCUUUAUAAUGAUCAGACAAAUGCAUUACGACUCGGAUGUCUACACCAAACCCGACCAUUUCAUACCCGAACGCUUUCAAUGCGAGACCAGUCAAAUAAAUGCCUACAAUUAUAUACCGUUUAGUGCCGGUCCGCGCAAUUGUAUCGGUAAACGGUUUGCCAUAAUUCAGGAAAUGUUAGUUUUAGCAAAAAUUUUACUAAAUUUCAGAAUUGAAUCACUGGAACCGUUAGAUACGGUUCGGGGAUCCGCCGAAAUGGCUUAUGUAGCCAAAAGUCCGUAG